AAAAAAAGGAAAAACAACAGCAAAUUUUCCCACUUACUCUAUGUAUAAAGACAAGAUCGUGAUUAUGGGUGCCAUUCUGAAGAUUCGAAGUAUCAGCAAUAAUAAUAGCAAUAAAAAUAAACUAACACAGAGCAAUCCAAGUACAAACAACACUGAUAUACACUUCUGGAUUCCAACAGCUCUCCUUCAAGUUCAAGUCGUUUCCAGCACAGUCUACAAAUGGCUCGUUCCGCUCUGGAUGAAAUGUCAGCAACUGGUGCUUUUGAGAGAACUGCAUCAACCUUCCGCAAUAUCAUCUCAAGGGACCCUGGUUCCCGUUUUCCAGCAGAAUCUGGGAGGUACCACCUCUACAUAUCAUAUGCUUGCCCAUGGGCAUCAAGGUGCCUUGCCUACUUGAACAUCAAAGGACUUGACCAAGCCAUUAGUUUCACAUCUGUUAAACCUAAGUGGGAGAGGACGAAGGACAGCGAUGAGCACAUGGGAUGGGUUUUUGCUUAUUCAAGCACGGAGGAGCCAGGAGCCGAGCCUGAUCCUCUUAAUGGAGCCAAAAGCAUAAGGGAACUAUAUGAGCUUGCAAGUACAAACUAUUCUGGAAAAUACACAGUGCCAGUUCUUUGGGAUAAGAAACUGAAGACAAUUGUGAACAAUGAGAGUUCAGACAUAAUACGCAUGUUUAAUAGUGAAUUCAAUGACAUAGCUGGGAAUGCAGCUUUGGACCUUUAUCCUCCUCAUUUGCAAUCCCAAAUCAAUGAAAUAAAUGAGUGGAUAUAUGAUGGAAUAAACAAUGGAGUAUAUCGAUGUGGUUUUGCAACGAAGCAAGAGCCUUACGAUGAGGCAGUGCAAAAACUGUAUGAAACUUUGGAUAAAUGUGAGAUGAUACUGAGCAAGCAGAGAUACUUAUGUGGAGAUGAAGUGACUGAAGCAGAUAUUCGCUUGUUUGUCACCCUGAUUAGGUUUGACGAGGUGUAUGCUGUCCACUUCAAGUGCAACAAGAAGCUACUACGUGAAUUUCCACAUCUGUUCAAUUACACAAAAGACGUUUUCCAAAAACCUGGCAUGAGCAGUACUGUCAACAUGGAACACAUCAAAAAGCAUUACUAUGGGAGCCAUCCGACCAUCAAUCCUUAUGGAAUCAUUCCCCAGGGUCCAAAUAUCGACUAUUCUUCUCCACAUGAUCGAGAGAAGUUCUCUAAGUAGGAAUGGUACACAGUCUUGGCAUGCAUUUUCAAAGUCCGCUCAUCUUGUUCACCUAUUAAGAGUAUUCCCGCGGAGUCUACAACUGAUGGUGCCUCAUGAAUCUUCAGCUUUUUACAGUGUAAAAUUAUGUAAUAAUAAGAGAUGUAAGUUGUGCUAGUUUUUCGUGUGCGAGGAGCUAAACAAUAGCUGCUGCUACGCUGUUUCUUCAUCCUAGAAGUGUUUGUUUCUGUUGGGUUGCUACAACUUAUACUGCCUCAUGACUCAUGUGUCUGCUGUGUAAAACUAUCUAAUAACAGGAGAUGUAAGUUUUGCUAGUUUUCUGAAAAGCGAGGAGUAAACAACAGUUGCUGUUACAUUUA